AUGAUGACGGUGGGACCGUGGUCGCCGCCCGCGUGGGCGGAUUUCCCGGGCGCACCGACACGGCGGUACAACCUCGCGCGGACCCCGACCCCCGUACACCGAUGGCACCUGCCGGGGACCCCCGACGGCUGCGAGGUGUACAUCAAACGAGACGACCUCACCGGAAUGCAGCUGUCGGGGAACAAGGUGAGGAAGCUGGAGUUCCUCCUGGCGGAGGCGAUGGACGAAGACGCGGACUGCGUCAUCACCAUCGGAGGCGUGCAGAGCAACCACUGCAGGGCCACGGCCGUCGCGGCGCGGUACCUGGGCCUCGAUUCCCACCUCAUCCUUCGAGCGCCACAAUCGAUCGCCGAAACCGGGGACCCCGGGCUCGUGGGAAACCUCCUCGUGGAACGCGCCGUGGGCGCCAACAUCCACCUGGUCACCAAGCGCGAGUACGCCGCGCACGGCAGCGUCGCGCUGGCCGAGAGCCUGCGACGCCGGCUCGAGCGCGAGGGUAAGCGCCCGUACGUCGUGCCCGUCGGCGGGAGCAACGCCAUCGGGACGUGGGGAUACGUCGACGCCAUGGCGGAACUCGCAGCGCAAAUGGGGGAGGAUCACCCGCAUCCGUUCACGGACAUCGUCUUGGCGUGCGGCAGCGGCGGGACCGCCGCGGGGGUGGCGCUGGGCGCGGCGCUUUGUCCCGAGCUGCGCAGACCAAACGUCUGGGCGUACGGCGUGUGCGACACCCCAAAGUACUUUUACGAGUACGUCGGCGGGAUCCUUCGCGACAUGGGGGCGCCCGUGAAGGACAUCGCGAAGGGCGCGGGAUACGCGAUGGCGACGGAGGAGGAGCUUGCGACGACGGCGGCAAUCGCGAGAGCCACCGGCGUGCUGCUGGAUCCCGUGUACUCGGGCAAGGCGGCGCACGGGCUGAUUCGCGAGAUGGCGCGGGAUCCCGGGGCGUGGCAGGGGCGCAGGGUGUUGUUCGUACACACCGGCGGCGCGCUCGGCGUGUACGAUAAGCUCGCGCAGCUGCAGCCGAUCAUGGAGGCGACGGCACCGUCUCGCAGGUUCGACGUCGCAGACGUGGAGACGGCGUGA